AUGGCCCGGCUGUGGCUCCAUCUCUGCAUCUGCCUGCAGAUCCCAGGUUUCUCUACAAAUCUACUUUUAUCCAAGACUCCACGCCGUAUUUUAGCCCAGACUAACAAUAAAACAGAAAUCCUCUGUGAGCUGAAGACAGAGCAUGCUGGGGUGUACUGGUACCGCUGGAGCCAGGAGAAGCAAAAUUUCGAGUUCUUGGUAUUUUCCAACCCAUUUGGCAAAGCUGUAUACGGCGCAAACAUCAGUAAGGCCAAGUUUAGUGUCCCUGGGGCAAGUUCCCGCAGCUCUUACAGCCUGCACAUCAGUAACCUCCAUGCCUCGGACAACGGCACCUAUUACUGCUCCAUCUCCCAGUCCUCCCAGCUCCUCCUGGGCAGUGGAACGCAGCUCAGUGUGGUUGAUGUUCUGCCUCUGCCUCCAAAGACCACUCAGGCACCACUCUCCAAAAAGCCCGUGCGGUGCAUAACCAAAAGCAAAGGUGCUGACAAGAAAGGUGCCUGCAGCCCCCUGGUCUGGGUCCCCCUGGCCACCAGCGUCCUGGUCCUCCUGCUGAGCCUGGUCCCCACCGCCCACCGCCUCCACCGUCUGCGGAGGAGGCUGUGGCUUCGCAUCCACAGGCAGUAA